AUGUUCGUCUGCUACUCUGCCGAUGCCCUGAAAGAGCCGUACCCGAACUUCACCCCGCAUGUGAAACCCCGGUACACCCAAAAGUGCGAGAAGUGCGAGCUGCCGGAGACGGUCUGCGAGUCAGAGCCAUGGGCUACCAUACAAGGCCUGCGCCCAUCCGUUGGCCAUUUCGCAUGCCGGCCCAACUUUUGCCCCACAAACGACAACGUGGCGGCUCGGCUGAAGCGCGCGGGCGCCGACAAGAUCAUCCGUUACCCUCGAUGCAUCGAAAUUGCAGGCCUAUCGGAUUCGCACAAGGAGUACGUGCUCAACGACGCCCUGUUGAACUGCGCCACAAAUCCGAUAUACCUGGAGAUGAACAAGGAUCCCCGGCUUCGCAUGAAGCUGCAGAAUUGUUCGGCGUUUCACGAUGCUGAUGGUACUGGCAAUAAAAUCUGCCUCUUUACGGCGCUACCAUCGAAGUCCUCCCAUGCCUCCCAGGCAGCUACGAUCGUAGGAGACUUUGGCUGGAUCUACAUCACCGGGGCCGUCAUCGCCAUCCUCCUUCUUGCCGUCGUCGGCGGAACCAUCUACCGGAUCAAGCACAAGUCGCGUCAGAACGACGAUGCCGUAGACCAGGAGUCGGAGGCAUCAAAAAAACAGGACAUCGAAGCUACGGCCGCCAGUGACCCAAACACCAAUCCGGUCACGCCUGCCAACGCCAUCAAAAACAGGCCCUGGCACAUCGUCAAGAAGCUCGACCCGGCCGAGUACCUGGCAUUUGGGGAACAAAGCUACACAAUCGAUGUCAGCAAGCUGCGCUUCUCCCGGAUCACCAUUCUGCCAGACCUGUUUGAACGUGCCGUCGCGAAUGCGCGUGUCGUCCCGCCACAGAUGCCGCCGAAGACCCCCUUCAACCCAAUAACGAUCGAAGAGGAGUGUAGAGUCGUGAUGCAGGGCCGCGAUUUGCUGGAGGAUGGCCUACGCGAUGUCAAGCCGAGCACGCAGACCGGUUCUGCCCAGUUGGACAACCUGCCGGUCGGCGCCAAGGCUUGGCAAAGCGAUCCGGAUGCACGCCCGCGACCAGCCACCCCUAUGGACGAAGGCCGUUUCGGGGCGGACGUCAGCCGGCUAUUCGCCGAAGUAGACGCCGAGGCGGCGGAAGAGGGUUUAGGCGGCCAGCAGCAAUGCAACCCCGACGACGUGACGCAGCACUCUCGAUCCGCUGCCCGCGUCCCCGGGGGUGCUGCGCCGGAGGAUAGCAGCAUCGGCCCCGACGCUUCCACCCACACUCGCCCGCUCAACAACACGCCCGUCGAGACGCCGCCGCAUGCUUGCCCCCGCGAAGAGUCGGCAGAUAUGUGUCUCCGCUGCUUGAUGGAGAACCACCCGGAGCUCACGAAGGAUGAAGACCCCGCCGCGUUGGCCGAGACGAUGCGCGAGCUGAAGUCGGCGAUUGAGGAGCACCAGGACGCGCGCGUGGCAGCCGCCGGGGAGGGUUCUCAGCAGGCCGGGCCGGCCGCCACGCCGAAGAAGAACAUCGCCUACAAGCCGCCAGCCGCCCCUAAGAUGGUUGACGCGCGGCUGCAGUGCACCGCCGCCGAGGCAACCACGUACUGCACGAUCUCGGCCCUAUAUCUGCGCAAAAAACUGCUGCAUCCCUUCAACAUGUCGCUGCCUGAUGCUAAAUUGCCGAUGCUCGUCAACGGCGAUCUGGAUGCCAUGAAUUGGGCCUACUACGGCUACGCCAUCCAAGCCCGCAAAUUGAAGAACGUCGUCGAGAUCAACGGCCCGACGAUGUUCAUUCAGGACCUGCAUGGCGAUUUCCGCCAGGCCAUCCGCUUGCUGAUGGACUACUACGAAUCGGCGCGCAAUCAUCCCGGGCUCCGGCUUGUCGUGAUGGGUAACUUGGUGGAUCAUGGCCCAGCCUCGCACGAAACAAUCCUCCUGUUCAUGAGCGUGGCCUUCUUUGAUUCAAAGAUCAUCAUUCUGCGCGGAAACCACGAGACCCCGGAAAUCAACGGCAAGUACGGCUUUCAAGACGAGACGUUGCGUCGCUUCGACGCCAAAAUUGCCCACAAACUCUACUCGCACGCGAACUGGGCAUUCAGGCAGCUGCCGCUCGCCGUCGUCUCGAUGGGCCGUAUUUUCGCCAUGCACGGAUGCAUUGACCCCGACGUGCAAACAAUCGAGGAGUACAACAAGUUCGACCGCUUUGCCCGGUACCGCCCCACCUGGCUGAUGUCGCUGCUAUGGAACGACCCGCAGAAGGGGAUUCUCGGGGCACAGCCCAACAACAAGCGCAAGGGGCAGUUGGCGCUCGGACCGGAUGUGAUCCAUGACUGCAUGAAAAGGAAUCAGCUCGAUCUGAUCGUCCGUGGCCACCAGCCUCCGAUGGGCGGCGUCGAAUUCUUCAACGGCAAGGACGUGCUGACCGGCUUCGGAAAGCCCGACUACGACCCGUGGGGCAACUUGGCGUCCAGCAUCCUCUGCGAUGGAACCGGCCGGGUCAAGAUCACCCUCUACGCCGGCGACCUCUCACAGCCUGCUCCAACUGAGGAGCGCGUGAAGAAAAUGCUGCGCCUUUCCCGGAACUUCAGCGUCUACAGCAAGGACGGCAUGAACGAGCAGUACGCCGAGUUCACCAACAAGCUGGCCAACAAGGGCGUGGAGGGCAUCAAGACCGUCAGCGACAUGCCCGCCUCGCAGAAGCUGCUCAACGAAGUCUUGGCGAAGCACGGCGAUGUCGCUGUGCCGCCCAUCCCCGACGAGAUGUCCCCCAAGACCGACGACGACAAGAAGAACAAGAUGAAGAAGGACAAGAAA